AGUGUUGUCCUUGAUGUCUGCGUUGCAUCUGUGCAGUGAGAGUCGUUGAGCGCCACAGCCAGCAGAAGCGCUUGCUGUGUUACUAUGGCUCAGUUUAAAUACUGGAGGCGCGUGUCUUCUCGUUUCUAAAACACACUCGGUAGUUGAACUUCAUUUAUUUGUUGUUCAUUUGGGCAAUUAACGCUCCUCGUUGCAACCCACUAAUUAGUUUUUCGACUGGUAGAAUUUGGGAUUAAAAUGGUCAUCAAGGUUUACAUCGCCUCCUCAACCGGCUCGGUCGCGGUAAAAAAGCAUCAGCGGGCAGUCGUGGGUUUCUUGGAGGCCAAUCGUAUCAGCUUCCAGGAAGUAGACAUCACCAUGCUGGAGGAGCAGAGGCUCUGGAUGUACCGCAACAUCCCCAGAGACAAGCAUCCGGUGAAGGGCAACCCACUGCCUCCACAGAUAUUCAACGAGGAUCGCUACUGCGGGGACCAUGAAGACUUCUUCCAGUCGAAGGAGGACAACGCUGUGUUGACAUUCCUCGGGCUCGCUUGCCAACCCUCGGUGAAAGAUUCUGAGUCAUAGCCACGAUCAAACUGCUGGUACACGAGGACCCAGGAGCCUUAAAAUAUGGAGAUGAAAACCACAUGGCUUCCUGUGUUGCAUCACCUCUUCUCACGUGGUCCUCCUGCUAGGGUGCCAGCCUGUUGCCAAACAUCAGACCCCACGGAUUUCACCCUGUGUGACCUCUCCUGACUCUUUACACACUCCAAUCACUUUAGUGUCCUCCAAGAAGUGUCUGAUUCUCUAGAUAGACUUAUUCACAGAAGAAGGGGAUUGACUUCACGAUGGAUGCAUUUGUGUUUCCUUUUCAUGUUUAAUACACUGUGGCAGCAACCACCGGCAGUAGCAUACAUUCUGUGCAAAUUAGGUGUCGCAGCUUUUGCAUCAGCUGCUUUAGGUCAUUAUACAACGCAGUGAAUGGGGAAAGAACGAAGAACCAGCACACAAGUCACAUGAAUACAUUGUUUGUGUAUAUGCCUUAGUAUGUGUGUAAGUUUGAGUCUGUUUUAAUUAGUCGCUGUUAAUGAAGUGUGUGUGGUGUGUGUGUGAAUGCUUUCCCUGAGGUGACACUGCAGUUUACCACAAAGCAGAUGAAUCCUAAAACAUAUGAGGGAUGGACAUGAUACCUAAUAUCAUUGCCAGCCUUGUCGUCACUGUCAUCAAAACCAACCUUGUACUUGUAUCAUUCCACUGCCAAAAUACUUUGAUUAAAGGACAGGGUGGCAGUUAUUAUAUGUAUUUUUUUUUAAAUAUCCUAUAGUCUAUAAAUUCAAUAAAAAGAUCAAAACAAACCAACAAUAUGUUAGUCUCAUAGUACGUUUGGGCUUCUCUACCCCGUCUGUGGCACUCGGCCCUUAGCCUGUAAAUUCUUUUUGAUUGUUUAAGUCUUUAUAAAUAUGGUUUCAAAUGUAUAGUUUCAUGUUUUAAAAGGCAACGUAGUUCCAUAAAACCGCAGGGCACGGUAGUUUUUAGCAAAUGUUACUCAAACAGAAGUAAACGGCGCAUUUGUAGGAAUAAUACACAUGUGGUGCUCUAAUAAGUAUUUACAGCAGCAGGACAGUGUUUGUGGGCAACAUAUACUACAUUAGGUUAAAUAGAAUAAAGGUAAAUGGGCACUUUGGUCCAAUAAUUGUUGGUUUUGGUCUUUUCAUGGCAUUUGUUAACAGCAUGUAAAACAGUGCCGGCUUUAUCCUCUAAUCCAGGACGCUGUAUAGACAAAGCAUGGUUACAAACACGGUCAUGUGAGCCAUAGGACUGCCCUUCCCAGAUGAUUACUCCAAAGCCUUAUCAGACCGAGGACAGGAGAUAAGAAAUGAUAACGUAUUGCUCCGAGAUAAUCAAAGUUGCAAAGCUGCGCACAGGCAGACCUCGACUCGGCUUCCCCUGCUGUCUCCCCUUCUCUGUGCUGUAUAGAUUUACAAAUGGCCGAGUGAACCGACGCUGACAUGUGAGCACACGGCCCUCUGUGUGUUUCAUGAAAGGAACAUAGAGGUUUGAUGCUGCUGCGUCAUGGCCAGCCCGCAGUCACGUCCUCCAAAUCUGUAUUUCACGUCCUCGGUCCCCAUCUCCUACACUGAUUAUGUCUCUCGUCCUUAUUAAAUUAUCAUGGGGGGUUCACUAAUUCCUUUAUGUCUACACAUGAAGGCCAAACACAAACAGGUGCACCCUCGCAAGCCAUUCUUCCCUAAAUGUCGUGCCAUCAUGUGAAAAGGAUGUCAUUUUAUUACUUAUUUUAAAUAAUGCCGGGGGCAUCGAUGUACUCACGGCAUUCCUCUACGGCUGAGUUGUGUCCUUGUGUUUUGAAAUAAUGUGUUGUGAUUUUUGUUUGUGAACGAUAUGCUAACUAAAUGUACCGGAUGUAACGUGAGCUAUGUUUGGCCUCUCGCUCCGUGACUGUCGUGCUUUAUUGCAGCAUUUGUUCUGUUUGUAACAGGGUUGUGAGAGUUAUUCUCAACGGCACUUGAAAGCAUGCCGUUUUCUAAGUAAAUUUGCGUGAGUAUUUUUCAUACGGUCAUGUCAUACUACAACAUAGAACAUUAGCACUACACACAAAAGUAGAAGGCCUAUUUGUCAUCCUUUUUGUAGAGGUUGUUUUAUGUGAUGCAGGAAACUGAACUCUAAUCUUACAUCAGCAUAUAAAAUCCACUGUACCUUCCUAGUGACUAAAUAAUAAAAACACUCAACACCUGUAUCUUAAUUUGAAUAGAACUACAGCAUUAAAGCAUUUCAACCCACUUCUGAAAUGUUCCAUGCUUUUCAAGGUCCGAAUACUACAAACAUAAAUGUAGCAACUGUAAAGUUGACCCGUUGUAAUUUAAUCAAAAGACACUGAACUGAGAUUUCCUCAUUAAAAGAUCUGUUCCUCUUUAAGUUAAGGGACGAUAAUCCUGCUUGUGACAUGAUCGUCCUGAGUUGUACGGUCAUUUCCAUUUAGAGAAUGAUGCAAAUCUUUGUGUCUGUAAUGAUUUACCCAGACAUCAAUAUGUGCUUAACCUGCUGUCCAGACCUCACUAGCAUCAGUUCUGUCAUCAGAGAAUACUGAUUAUUAUACAGUCGUGAGGAGACUAGCUUGGAGUGAACAGGUGAACAGGUACACCAUCAUUAGUAAAAACAUGUGGGCUUUCUUAUGUCAAAUGUGUGUUGUAAAGAAUGCUCAUAAUAAACCAACUCAAAAUGAACACGACAGCUCAAUUUCGCUACACAUUUCUUUGAGAGUGUUUCUCUCCUCCUUUAGAACAUAAAUAACAUACUUGAUUGUGCGUUGUACAUGAAAUAUGUGGAAUACAAGAUGUGAGUGAGCGUGUACUUCAAAUAAAGUGACAAAACUG